UGGGCGGUGUGUGUGUGUGUGUGUGUGAGUUGGAGGAAGAGCUGCUCUGACAGCUCAAUAAGCCAUACAUUUUGAGGCCAAUGUGCUGAAGUUUUCCGGGUCCGAGUUAGGGAAAGAGGACGAAACAUCUCCAUUUUCAACGCCCAUGUCUCGUUAUAUGGGUCAGAUAACUGGAUUUUAUCGAGCUAUGUUUUGCUAAUCGAGAGCAGUCACUGCUGCAUAACACAAAAAUAAACGCGUCAUUUUCGCUUCAUUUAGGGACAGAAAGGUUUGUUUUUACUACGUUUUGUUGAUUUUAAGAAGUCAUAUCGCAUGUUAAUGGUGAUUAAAUUAUUGAUACCACGAUGGCAGUGAAGGCUCAGGUAUUAUAUGACUUCACUGCUGAGCCUGGCAACAAUGAGCUGUCUGUUCAAGAAGGAGAAAUACUCACGGUCACUAACCAGAAUGUAGGCGGUGGCUGGGUAGAGGCUCGGAAUUCCAGAGGAAAUGUAGGCCUCGUGCCUGAGGACUAUAUUGAGAUUAACCCUGGUUCCACACAAGCACCAGCAACAAAGUACACUGAUGCUCAGAAUCAAGGUUACAACAGCAGUUCAGCAAACACUCAGGGGGUUAAUGGGAAUGAGGCUUGGACUGCCACAACAUGGUCCAACAACAACCCUGUGGACAACUGGAACUAUGCUGAACAGGAACCAGCAGGCAAUAAUGGUUCUAUCUAUUCCUUUGAUGAGGAAUGGGACGAUGAUUCCGAUGAUGGAAAGUCGACAGUCGGUUAUGGAGGUUCACAGAUGGAGGAGGGCGGAACCAUGCAGCGGGGUGGGGCUCACUCUACUAUGAAAAUAUCCCUCAACAAGUUUCCAGGGUUCUCCAAGACCCCAAAUCCAGAGGUGUAUCUGCUUACCAAGAGCGUAGCUAAAGGAAAUGACAAACUGCCAAUUUAUGCGGGCGAGGUGGGCCCAGUAUGGUUGUAUCCACAAAUUCAGUUAGAUUGUGUAGUGGCUGAUCCCAAAAAGGGGUCAAAAAUGUACGGCCUGAAGAGCUACAUCGAAUACCAGAUCACACCUAAUACUACAAACAGACCAGUCAACCACAGAUACAAACACUUUGACUGGUUAUAUGAGAGGCUCGUGGAGAAGUUUGCCUGUGCUCUGCCAAUCCCGUGUCUACCUGACAAACAAGUUACAGGCCGAUUUGAAGAGGAAUUUAUCAAAAUGCGCAUGGAACGCCUGCAGGGCUGGAUGUCCCGCAUGUGCCGGCAUCCGGUGAUCUCAAAUAGUGAAGUUUUUCAGCUCUUUCUUAACUACAGAGAUGAGAAGGAGUGGAAACUAGGGAAGCGGAAAGCAGAGAAAGAUGAAAUCGUGGGAGUGAAAAUCUUCUCCACCAUAGAUCCAGAGCUCCCAGAGUUAGAUCCUGGUCAAGUGGAGCAGAAGUAUGAAAUGUACAGCCAAUUUACUAGAUCUAUGGACAACAGUGUUAAAGAACUACUGGCUGUUGGGCAUCUUCACUGGAAGAGAUGUACAGGCCCAUUACAAAAGGAGUAUCGACAGAUUGGAAAAGCAUUUCAGAACCUAUCAUCGGUUUUCAACACUAGUGCAUACCCAAGGGAAUCAACUCUGACGGAAGCAUUGAGUUCAACAGGAAAAACGUACGAGGAAAUAGCAGAACUCGCUGCAGGACAGCCAAAAAAAGAUCUACACUUCCUGAUGGAGACAAACAACGAAUACAAGGGACUACUGGGCUGCUUCCCUGACACAAUAGCAGUUCACAAGGCUGCCAUUGAUAAAGUAAAAGAGGCUGAUCAUUUGGUGACGAUGAAUAAGAUUAGCCAACAAGAUAAACACAUUAUGGAAAAGAACCUCAGCACCAUGUCUUACGCAUUGCAAGCGGAGAUGAAUCACUUCCAUAGCAACCGUAUCUAUGACUACAACAGACUCAUGCAGUUCUACCUGGAGGAACAGGUGAAAUUCUAUGAAACGAUUGCUGAAAAGCUGAAGAAAGCUCUUGGUCAGUACACCACCAUGUGAGGACUCGCUCUAAACUAUGGAACUU